AUGGCUCCAAUGUCCAACCUCGGCCUCAAGGCCGCCCUCUUCCUCCUCCCCUUCGUCAACGCCGCCUCGUGCGCCAACGGCAGCUACACCCACAACGGCCUGACCUGGUCCCCGCGCGCCGUGCGCAUGAACCAGGUGCAAGUCAUUGGCACCCACAACUCGUACCACCGCGAGGCGCCGCUCGUCGAGCACCCGACCCAGGCCACCAUCCUCCCCAACGUCCAGAACUACUACUACUCCCACCCGGCCCUCGACGUCCAGCUGAACUACCAGUCCAUCCGCAACUUGGAGCUCGACCUCUUCGCCGACCCGGAGGGCGGCCACUACGCCACGCCCUGA